UCCCUCCUGAGGGUGUAAUCUGAAGCCGCUGUUGUAUCGGUGAGUUGCGGCAGCAGUAACUCACUGCAGUCCUCGAGUGACACACACACACACACACACACACACGUUCAUCAUGUUUUAAUGCGCGGUACUUUCAGCUCGCUUUAAAACAUCGCAGUGCUUAUGGGAUAAAAACAGGUGGAUUUCGCGUGGAUUUCUUGGAAGUGGUGUAUCCAUGAUUGUGAAAGCUUCCUGGUUCUGGUAGCGACACACACACACUCACACACACACAGCUGGUUCACACCAUCUUCGAAACGCGAGGGGUUUUAUUUCGCGAACAGCUCCUUUUUUGGACGCGCGCUGAACGCGAAGGUCUUCCGUCUUUUUGACCGAUGCGUUUACACGGGUGACCGUUACCGUUACCGUGCGGGUAUAUCGUCAUCAUGUGGACGAGGGCGCGUUGCCAGGACAGCGGGACAGAUCCCGAGCGCGAGCGUCUCUGGGCCGAACUAUUCGAGCAACUGGACCUGAACAAGGACGGGUGGAUCGAUGUGAACGAGCUGCGGAUCGGGCUCGCCGCCCGCGGGGUGUCGUGGAGCUCCGUGGAGGAGCAGGUUGUUCGAGCCGGGGACAUCAAUCACGACGGUCAGCUGGAUUUCGAAGAGUUCACAGAGUAUCUGCGUUCACAUGAGAAGCGCCUCAAACUCAUGUUUCGCAGCUUGGACCGGAACAAUGACGGUGAAGUUGACGCUGAGGAGAUCCAGCAGUCGUUACAGAGUCUCGGCGUGGACGUCUCGUUGGAACUGGCUGCCAAAAUACUGCAAAGUAUGGACAAAGACCAUUCCAUGACCAUCGACUGGAUGGAGUGGCGAGAUCACUUCCUGUUUAACCCUUUGCACAACAUGGAGGAAAUCGCUCAGUUUUGGAAACACUCUGUGAUGUUGGAUAUCGGAGAGCAUUUGACGGUCCCGGAUGAGUUCUCGGAGAAGGAGAAGCAGUCAGGGUUCGUGUGGCGGCAGCUGAUGGCCGGCGCUGUGGCGGGAUCAGUGUCCAGGACAGGAACGGCGCCGCUCGACAGACUCAAGGUCUUCAUGCAGGUGCACGGGCAGAGCUCAGAUAAGGCGAACGUGUGGCGCGGGCUCCGGGCGAUGGUGAAGGAAGGAGGACUCGCUGCGCUGUGGAGGGGAAACGGCAUCAACGUGCUGAAGAUCGCACCCGAGACGGCCAUCAAGUUCCUGGCCUACGAACAGAUUAAGCGCUUGAUGAGAGGCAGUAAAGAAGUAGGAACUCUGAAAGUUCAGGAGAGAUUCGUCGCUGGAUCGCUGGCUGGAGCUACAGCUCAAACUAUCAUAUACCCGAUGGAGGUGCUGAAGACUCGUCUCACUCUUCGUAAAACAGGGCAGUAUUCGAGCGCGGCGGACUGUGCCAAGCAGAUCCUGCUGAAGGAGGGCCUCCUGGCCUUUUAUAAAGGAUACCUGCCCAAUAUACUGGGCAUCAUCCCGUAUGCGGGCAUAGACCUCGCCGUCUACGAGACGCUGAAGAACGCUUGGCUGCAGCGUCACACCGACGGCUCGCCCGACCCGGGUGUCCUGGUGCUGGUGGGCUGUGGGACGGUGUCCAGCACCUGUGGACAGCUGGCGUCCUACCCGCUCGCCCUCAUCCGAACACGCAUGCAGGCCCAGGCGUCAAUGAAAGGCGCUCCUCAGAUGUCCAUGCUGACCCUGUUCAGGAGCAUCGUGGCCCAGGAGGGCGUGGUGGGACUCUACCGAGGCAUCGCUCCAAACUUCCUCAAGGUCAUCCCGGCCGUCAGCAUCUCCUACGUCGUCUACGAGCACAUGAGGAAAGUACUGGGAGUGGGAACCUGAGAGAGAGAGAGAGAGAGAGAGAGAGUCAGGGCAUGUGUGUGUGCGGAGAAACAGACUCAAACUAAUCCUUUUUUUGUUGAACGAUGGACAAGAAAGGUCAGAGACAGAGUUUAUUUAUGCCUACUACACUAUAUGAGACCACUGGAGUGAUGUUCACCAAAAAUAAAUCAGCGGAUGUGAGGAAGAACGAUGAACUGAUUUUAAAACACUGAAAUAUGCAGAAUCUGAGAGUCCUGGAUUCCUGAGGUUCAU